GAGUCUGGGUGCUGUUGUUGUGAAACCACAGUUCAGCGAGGGACUAGUGAAUCAACACCUCACCAUGGUCAAAGGAAAAGAGCAACUUUUUUGCUUCCUAGUGAUCGGGCUUAUUUCCUACUCUGCACUUCAAGCAGGUGCUCAGAAUUCAUGUCAAAACAGUUGUGGACAAAAGCUGGCUGAUUGUUCCUGUCACGUGACGUGCGGAUCGUUGGCUACAUGUUGUCCAGAUUACAGGGACUUCUGUCUCCGGGUGUCUCCUCAAUCUGGAACCUUAAUGGGAGGAGCAGACUUUGUCAUUGUUAAUGCAACAUUUAAUGCUCGAGACAAGAUAGUUUGCAAGUUCAAGUCAGACAUUCGUACAAAAGGUUACGUUGAUGCUGAAAAUAGGGCUCACUGCAUCUCACCAUUGCUGUAUGAAAAUGGAAGGAUACCAUUCAAGUUGUCAACAGAUAAUGGAGCAACCUUUAAGCGCAGUGGGACAUGGGUGUCAGUACAUCACAGCAAAUUUUCAUUCCUGAAGAAAAGUGUCUUGGUGAAUGCCACCAAAUGGCAGUAUUAUGGCACACCCAACGUUUCAGGGGAGCUGACUCUGGCUUGGAACGCAUCAUUGAUCCCAGCAACCUCUGUAAACAUUGAACUCUGGGGCUACCGAGAAACAGGUACACCAUACUCAGAAUCCUGGGAAGGGAAAUGGAGUUACCUCUACUCACUUGGAAAAGCUGUACCAAACAAAGGGAGUUUCACAUUCACCCCUAAAUCUGCUGAAAAACCCUAUUCUGAAUGGGAGAUUGGAAUGCUGCGACUAACUGCUGAGGAUCAAAAAGAUGGGGCGCUUAAUGUCAGAGCAUUAUGGAGCCCAAGCCAUGCUCUAGCUUGGCACCUGGAAGAAAAGUUCAGAGAAGACUCAGCUGCCUGGGCGUACAAGAAAUGUUUGGCCUGGCACAAAAGUGAAGAGAAGCUACCAAACUUCCUGUUGGAGAUUGCAGAUUGCCCUUGUACCCUGGCACAGUCGAGGGCAGAUACAGGGAGAUUUCAUACAGACUAUGGGUGUGACAUUGAGAAGGGGAGUAUAUGUACCUAUCACCCAGGAGCUGCACACUGUGUUCGAGCUAUCCAAGCGAGCCCCAAGUAUGGAGCAGGACAGCAGUGCUGCUAUGAUGCCCAAGGCAGACAGAUUCUAACUGGAGACUCUGUUGGAGGCAGCACCCCUGACCGAGGGCAUGACUGGGGCUCCCCACCGUACGAGAGACCCCCAAGAAUUCCCGGCUUCUCUCACGGACUCUACGAUGUGAUAAGCUUUUAUUACUGCUGCUUGUGGUCCGAUAACUGCCAGUAUUACUUCCUGCAUCGACCUUCUAGUGGCUGCACAACCUACAGACCUCCAAGAGCUGCCACAACAUUUGGAGAUCCACAUUUCUUUACUUUUGAUGGGGCAAACUUCACCUUCAAUGGGAGGGGCGAGUACACACUGGUAACAGGAGAAAGAAAUGGUGCAAAUGUUACAAUGUUACAAAUCCAAGGAAGGACAGAACAAAUCAAGACUGCAAAUGGAACAUAUGCAAAAGCGACAGGCUUUACAGCUGUUGCUAUGCAGGAAGGUGACUCUGAUGUGAUUGAAGUCCGUGUUACAGCCCAUUCUAGUGAUGAUGGUUUGGAGGUGCUGGUCAAUCAUGAGAUUGUAACUUUCAAUGAGCAAAACUGGAUGGAUCUUAAAGGUGUUUUUGUAUUUUCGGAUAAUACGCAGAACGUUACUGUCAUGUUUCCUUCUGGAGCUGGUGUGGAAACACGAGCUAGGGGCACACUCUUGAGUAUCACAGUUCUUUUACCGGACACAUUUGUGAACUGGACGGAAGGUCUGUUUGGAGUAAUGAAUAACAACACAGAUGAUGACUUCACCUUCAGAAAUGGCUCAAUUCUGUCGGCUGAUGCCGGUCUGGAAAUGUUCUACGAACUGGGUGCCAGCUGGGCAAUUGAAAACAAAAGUUCUCUCUUCACUUAUGACAGCCAGUUCUUGCUGAAAAAUUACCUGCAUGCUCCAAAGCAUGACCCGGAUUUCACUCCCAUUUUCUCAGUGACGGAUGACCCUGCAGAUCCAUUCUAUGCUGAAAUGUCGGCCCUGUGUCAAGGGAACAGCUUUUGCCAAUUUGAUACUCUUGUAACCAAGAACCUUCGGAUGGGAAACGCGACAAUGGUCUCUUACGAGAGUUAUGUUAAGUUGGUUGAAAGCCUUGAGCCAGUGAUCUCCUGUGGGUUUCUGGACAAACCUAAGAAUGGAGCAAAGAAAGGGGACCUCUACUUGAUUGGAGCCUCCGUAAAUUUUACUUGCAAUCAGGGUCACAUCCUCUCGGGAUCAGCUAGCCGCACAUGCCUGCCAUCUGGGCAGUGGUCUGGAGAGCCAACCUUCUGUAUAUCCGAGAACAUUCUGGGCAUCGUGCUAGGAACUUUGCUCGCUGUGUUUUCCCUGGUUGUAAUUGGAGUGAUCUUAUGUGUGAACGAAAAGCGUAUGAAAAUGAAAAAAGCCAAAAUGGCUGCCACUCCUAACGAGUAUCAAAAUACCAGCACGGAGAAAACUGAGAACAUGUGACCCUAGGGAAUGAACCCCACCCCCAGCCCCACCCUUGGCAAUGGACAGCCCCUCCCCGAUUUGCAGUCAGCCCAGCAAACACUGUCUGGGAGAUGGAUCUCUCUCGCUUUUUAAUUUCAGAAGCCUUCGGAAAAAAAGGGGAUUAUGCAUUUUUCAGAACGCAUCGGAUAAUCUUUCAGACAGCUAUGGGCCCGCUGUUGACAAAUUAAUUACGGCUGCGUGCUGGUUAGAGGAAUUGAAAUGAUCUUCUUUUUUUAAAAUAUAAUGCCUGCAUACGCUGGGGUUGACCAAAUCAUUCAAUAGGUUCAGCCUGUAACAAUAUCAAUACCAGCCACAAGACCAAUUGCUUGGUGUAAGGCUGGUCUGGUUAACAGGAUUGGAAGUAUUGAUUGCAAUCUUCAGUCUGCUGUGAACCCUGAACUUUCUUUUCCUUCCUCCACUCUUUUUGGUUCAGCAUCAAUCCUCAGCAUUGGCUUUACUUUGAGGAGCGCAGAGGAGGGGGAGACGAGGGCAGUCCAGUACUUUGCUGUUGCACAGAGAGAUCCUGAAGUGAGCCGUAGAACCCACAUCAAAGUCGUGGUGCAAAAAGAGCCCAUCAGGUCUGCAUAAUUUGAAUAAACCAGCCCUCCUCCCCCAUUCUAAACCACUUCUCAGUGCCUGGUCCAUGCCCUCCCAGGUAACAGUGCUUCAGGUACAGACCCAUAGUCCUUUUAAAUGGGAUGAGAGUUUCAGGCACAAACACCAAACUGGUCAGUGAAUUCCAGGCCCCUACCACACUUUGGGUAAAAAAGAUUUCCCUCAUAUCCUUCGAAAAAUCCCCUUCAAACUUGUGCUGUCUGGGAAUUGACCUCUCCGGGAGAGGAAACAAACUUUCUUUAUCCAUGUCCCUCAUUAUUACGUACAAUCAACUAAAAUACCCCUCAGCCUCCUAAGGAAAGCAACUCUAGUCCGUCCAGUCUUUGCUCAUAGCUGCCAUUUGCCAGCUCUGGCAACAAUCUUGUAAAUCUCCUCUGUCCUCCCUCUGUUUUUUAAUUCACUCAUGGGAUGAGAGUGUCGCUGGCUCGGCCAGCAUUUGUUGCCCAUCCCUAAUU